UCUAGUCGUGAUUGUGCUACUGGAAUUAAUUUAGUAUCAAAAGCGCAUAUUUCUGGAGGCUGCGUACACUCUCACACGUGGCUUAGACAGAAAAACACGAAUUUGGCACAUCAGUGACGGGUUAUUACCCUCUAUUCGGCUGUUUGACAGGAGGAAACAGUCAGUGGCUCUUCCUCAGCAGAGUGACUCACUGUGCGUCAUAGAGCUGAAGAUCAGCCCACUUGUACGUACGUACAGUCAAUUCUCAUUAAAGUCAUGUCGUUUCGGAGGGCGGCCAGACUGGCGUUCGGGUUCGUCGGUGGUUCUGCGGUGCUAGUGUGCGCGGCGGUCGCGGCAGACAAGAACGGGUACUUCGGAGAGCGCUUCCGCCUCAGAGAUACCUCAAAUGCCGUGCAUGCAGCACAACCUUCGGCAUGGCCCACUGCGAACGGCUGGGAUUAUAACUGGGACAGACGUGACCCCUCCUCCAUGGUAAAUGGGAAGAGAAAGGAGAGUGCUGGUGACAACGGUAGUCCAGACACUGAGAACAACAUACCCAAAGCCACACGUCACAUCUUCCUCAUCCGACACUGUCAGUACAAUCUCAACGGGAACGGAGACAAAGAGAGGGUCCUCACUCCUUUAGGUCGUGAACAGGCUGAGCUGACGGGACAGAGAUUGGCAGCUCUGGGACUAAAGCAUGACCUGCUCAUCCACUCGUCUAUGACCAGAGCUACAGAGACAGCCAACAUCAUCAGCAAAUACCUGCCAGGGGUGGAGCUUGUGAGCUGUGAUCUGCUGCGAGAGGGUGCACCCAUAGAGCCAGUACCUCCCGUCAGCCACUGGAAACCUGAGGCUGUGCAGUACCAUGAGGACGGCGCACGGAUCGAGGCAGCGUUCCGCCGCUACAUCCACCGAGCUGACGCCAAACAGAAGGAUGACAGCUACGAGAUUAUCGUCUGUCAUGCAAAUGUCAUCCGCUAUUUUGUGUGCAGGGCUUUGCAGUUUCCUCCAGAGGGCUGGCUGAGGAUUGGCCUGAACAAUGGCAGCAUCACAUGGCUGACAAUUCGGCCCAGUGGCCGAGUGGCUCUCAGAGCUCUGGGAGACUCUGGCUUCAUGCCUCCGGAUAAACUCACUCGGACUUGACAUCCUAAAUCUAAACCAUCAUGGCCUCGUUACAGACUAGACUGAAAGAUUAGUGGAAUUGAUAGCUGUCAGAGGUGCAAGCGUCACGAAAUUUCUUAUAAUGGCUACUUAAUUUUAGAAAUACCUUUUUUAGAGUCACAAAUUUCAAUAAUCUUAAGAAUUUCAUUGGGUUAGUUCAUCCAAAAGUGAAAAUUCAAUUUCUUACCCUCAUGUAACUCCAAAUCUUUACGACCUUUUCUGUGAAAAGGAUACAUUUUCAGAAUGUUAAUGCUGCUCUUUUGUCCAUAAAUCAAAAGGGAAUGGGGACUGAGGCUGUCAGUUACAUUCAGCCUAGCAUUUCCUUAUGUGUCACAUGGUUGAAAGUCAUACAGGUUUAGAACAACAUGAGGGUGAGUAAAUAAUGAUAAUUAAACAUUUUAGGUGACAAUUUCCUGAAAGGGAUUGUGAAUGAGUUUGAUACCUCUGCCCACUGUCAGCGUUGCUAUUUUUAAAUAAGCAAGGAAAGAGAUAUUGAUAUGUCCUCUAUUUGACAAGAACCCUCCUGUGCCAUGCUUGCCAUUUGUAACCGUGAUGAAAAGGUUGUAUUAACCAGCAAGUGUACUUUUUUAUAUGUUCAAAACAAGGUCUUUUUUCCAGGAGUUCCAGUAAUGCAAACUCUGGAGGCCUUGUCUUGACAGUUGGUGUCAUAUACACUGUUUACGUGGAUUUAUGUUUAUGAAUGUUUUAAAAGAAGCGUGUGAAUUUUUCUUCUGAAUUGUGAGAAUCAUGCAUUUGCAUGAGGUCGAUUACAACUCUGAAAAUGUUUGUAGAUUGUUGUUUGUGCACACAAAGAAAACCGGCAGUCAAGUUUUUUUCAUUGAGUCGUUGAAUAGUGUUUCGUUUUUUUUUUUUGUCAAAUGAUGGAUAAGUGAAUCUUAUGAAGAAAUUUCCAGGUCAUAUUUCACCCCAAAAUCAAAAGGGAAGAAAAAUAAAUUAUAUUUAGCAUAAGAAAUAAAUUUUAGUUUGAAUUGCAACAGUAUUUUCAUGACAAAUAAGCACAUUUUACCCAAUUCUCAGGAUCAUACUUUAAUUUGGGAAAAUAAUUAUAUGUAUUUUAUCCAGUUUUCAACUGUCCAGUUCUUGUGAGCCUGUGUCCACUGCAACCCGACGUGGUCUUCUGCAGUUGUAGCCCACCCACCUCAAGGGGCAACAUGUUGAGAGAUGUUAUUCUGCUCACUAGAAUUGGACAGAAUGGUUAUCCAAGUUACCGUAGCCUUUUUGACAGUUUGAACCUCCCUGUUGACCUCUCUCGUCAUCAAGGACACAUAACUGAUGCUCACUGGAUGUUUUUUGGUUUUGGCACCAUUCUGAGGUUGUGAAUGAAAAUCCCAGGAGAUCAGCAGUUAUAGAAAUACUCAAACCAGCCCGUCUGGCACCAACAAUCAUGCCAAGGCUGAAAUCACUGAGAUCACUUUUUGUUUUUCCAUUCUGAUGGUUGAUGUGAACAUUAACUGAAGCUCCUGACCAGUAUCUGCAUUAUUUUAUACAUUGCACUGCUGCCACAUGAUUGGCUAUUUAGAUAAUUGCAUGAAUAUGUACAGGUGUAUCUAAUCAAUUGCUCCGUGAGUGUUUUAUUUAUAUUUAUAUAUAUAUAUUUAUAAUAUUGUAUUCAA